UACCUCUUGACCAGCCAUGAGUGCGUGUCAUAGUCUAAGAUUGCUGUUGAGAAAUAACGACUGUUGCACGAGCUGCGUGGUCUUUACUCCCUCUUUUCACGUCUCCGCGUAGCUUGCGCUUUGAUCGUCGUUGUGGUGGCGAACGUCUCCGCCAGUCGGAAAGAACCUGUGUUCAGUACGGUGGCCAGAGAUGUACUGUAUAAAGGCGCAACCUCGCUCACCCUGGAGGUACUGGACUACCACGGGUCCCGACCGGACAGUGGCGCCACCGAGCGGAACGAGCGCAACACGCUCCUGUCUCCACUGGCCCUCGCACUGUCGUUCGCGCUCGUGCUGGAAGGAUCGGUGGCCAGGACCAUAGACCGCGUCCUCGAGACGCUCCACUGGCAGCUGCUCAGGGACCCGGACAUCCGCUACGUCAUGGCGCACUCCCUGCAUCGCCUGUCACACUUCCCCAACGACAGCGUCCGCGUCGAGGCGGCCGCGUUCGUGCAGCGCGACUUUGACGUCACCAGGACGUACCGGCAGUCCCUGGACACGUACUACGGCGCCGACGUCCUGUUGGUCAACUUCCUCGACCGCAGGGCGGCGCUUGUGGCCGUGAACGCGUGGGCGUGCCGAGUGACAUCGCGGGUAAUCCUGCGGCUACUCCUGGACCAGACCUCGGAGAUCGACUCCUCAUCGAGGUUCAUGGCGGCGAGCGUCCUCACGCUGAAAGUGGCGUUCGACCAGCCCUUCCAGAAUCCCAGAGUCCAGCUGCCGUUCUUCAACUCUGAGGUGCAAUCACAGUCCAUCGAAUCCAUGCACACGGUGGGAACGUUCGGCUACAAGCAGUUCCCUGACCGCAAUUUCGACGCCAUGGCCUUGCCUCUGCUGUCUGGGAACCUCAGCCUGUUCCUCCUGGUGCCUGCCCAUGGCACGACCGUGACGGCUGUCCGCAAGAACCUCAUCGCAAACCCGGAUUGGUUGCUUAACCUCCAGGCAGAGAUGGAACCAAGUGUUGUCGAGAUCACUCUUCCUCGCUUCAAGGUGAGACUAAGUUCUAGUGCUUCCCUUCGCAAGGUCACCUCCGUGUGUGGACUCAAGUCGGCACUGACCGCCCUGGGCCACGGCCACCUGUUCGACCAAUUCCAGACCAACAUGGCGGCGGUCAGCCGUCACGGUCACGCCUACGUGUCCAACAUCAUGAACGCCGUCUCACUCGACGUCGGCCCCAUCACGUCGACGUCGUCGUCGUCGUCGGCGACCGAAGCUGCCGACGCCUCGACGGCGACUCCCGCGGUCGCGUUUCACGUGAACAGACCCUUCAUAUACGUGGUCGCCGACAAGACGGACGGUUUGCCUCUGGCCAUUGGGCAGUUUGUAGAUCCGUCAGGUUCGGCUGCCGAGGCCUCGAGCAAGUUGUGA